AUUGUACAAAAACAGUCGAAUACGCGCAGUAUCUCUGUGUAGAUAUUAUCGAACUUGCUUUGCAGAACUUCAGUUUUACUCUUGCAAGAUGGGAGCAAUUCACAGGACCGUGCCUUUCGGAAUACUGUUGUUGGGAUUUGCUUUGUCUCAGACAACGAAAAAACCAGAGAUAUAUUACCUUCAUGUGACGUCAGAAAUCGACUUCCGGUUUGCAAAGACCGUGGUAACCAGUAAAGUUGUGAACAAGGAACCAGUUGCCAGUGAGGCCGUGUUCGAUCUUACACUUCCAAACGAGGCUUUCAUCACUGCAUUCAAAAUGACAAUAAAUGGGUCAGAAAUUAUUGGAAAAGUAAAAGAAAAAGAGAAGGCUAAACAGGAAUUUGAGGCUGCCAAAGCAAAGGGACAGAGUGCAGGUCAUAUUGUAGCCAAACCCAGAGAAACAAACAAGUUUCAAAUUCAAGUCAACGUGGCGGCCCAAGAGAAAGUGACGUUCGAACUAACAUACCGGGAACUUCUCAGGCGAACUAAAGGCUUAUACAACCAUGUUAUUUACAUCAAUCCUGGACAAGUGGUGGACGAUUUAAAAAUCAACGUCUUGAUCAAGGAAUCAAGGAAUAUCACAACCAUCAAAACCCCGCCAGUAAGAAAUGACCUUCUUACGGAAGGCCCAGAAGGUACAAAUGAAGUUGCGGUAGUUGAUCGCAUCAAUUCAACGAAGGUGUUUAUUUCAUAUCAGCCGUCCAGAGCGGAACAAGAGUCUGGAAUCUCUGGUCAGUUUAUUGUCCAGUACGACGUGGACAGAAGUGACAAUGCAGGGGAUAUACUGGUAAUGGAUGGUUAUUUUGUGCAUUUCCUGGCACCUGAGGGAAUAGAACCGAUGCCAAUGGAUAUUGUGUUUGUGCUGGAUAAAAGUGGUUCCAUGGGUGGGACAAAGAUGAGACAGCUUCAAGAAUCCAUGCUGAAGAUCUUAGAUGACGUCAAGGUAGAAGACAGAAUCAUGAUCAUCGCAUUUGACUCUUCUUUGCUGUACUGGAAAUCCGAAUUUGUUCAGGCAACGACUGGAAACAUAACUGAGGCAAAGGAUUAUAUAAGACAAACUUUUGCCGGUGGAGGCACCAACAUAGAUCUUUCACUACAGGAAGGUUUGGCAAAAUUAAUGCAGGCAACUGGAGAGGACGGUCGUGCACCUGUAUUGGUUUUUCUUACCGACGGAGAGGCCACAGUAGGGGAAACAAACACAGACAACAUCCUCAAAAAUGUGAAAAAAGCGAAUGAAGCCGAACUGCCUAUUUUUAGCCUUGCAUUUGGAAGAGGGGCAGACUUCAACAUCGUUAAAAAAAUUGCGGCACAAAACAACGGAUUUGCAAGGAAAAUAUAUGAAGAUGCGGAUGCAGCUCUCCAAAUAGCCGAGUUUUACAAGGAAAUCUCCACUGUUUUAAUGAAGAAUGUCUCAUUUAAUUAUGUUGAUGGGACAUUGUACGAUAGUACAGUUACCGACACUAAAUUCAACACUUACUUCAAAGGCUCGGAAAUGGUUGUUGCAGGAAAAGUAAAAGACCUGGACAAAUUGCAGUCAGGUAUGGUUGUAAACGGAACAGGAAGUGAAAACCAGGAAGUGGUUCUUCGCGUGCCUCCAAUGUGGUGCACCAUUUUACCAUGGCCCCAACCACCAUUUCCAUUUCCAACGCCUUCGCCACCAGUUACCACUAGAAAUCCUGGUAUGAUGGAGAAACUCUGGGCAUAUUUGACUAUAAAACAACUACUGAAGGAGAAAGAAGCUCUUGAUUCUCAGACGGAAAUUAAGAAAUUAGAGGACAAAAUUGUACAACUUUCUUUAAAAUAUCAGUUCGUGACGCCUUUAACUUCUAUGGUGGUUACACUUCCUGAUGAGACAAAGGCAAACCCCAGCGAAGUGAAACCAGCAGAACCAGAGUUUGCCGAUUCUCCUCAGCAAGGAAUAGCAGCAAUGAGAGGAAGGCUCCAUUUCUCUAAUUUUCAAAGCGCAAGAGGUGCCAAUCCCCCAAGCUUUCAUUCGCCUGUAUCCAAUGCAUUCGAUUUCAUGGACUCCGGUGCCAAUGUCCAUGUCGAUGCCGACCCACUUCCAUUUGAUCAGGGUCUAGCGGCUCCAAGUUUCACAACUUUACCUCCAGUGACCAUGAUGUUUUCCACCACCACCACCGCUUCUGCUUCACAGAAAACUACCACUCCCUCCACUUCUUCUGUUACAACAAAGCCAACCACUUCUCCUCCUUAUGUUACAACAAAGACAACCACCACUCCUCUUUCUGUUACAACAAAGCCAACUUCUCUUGCUUCCUUUACAACAAAGCCAACCACUCCUCCCUCUGUUACCACUGAUGCAACCACCACCGGACCGCAACCACCACCCAAAGCCAAAACUAGGAUACUAGAGAAAUCUCAGGUACCAUCUUUUGGAAUCAUAAUACCUGGACUGAGGAAACCUCUUUGCUUUGAUUUACCAAUGGCGACUGACUCAAUGUACGACUUAAUUAAUUCAACAUCAAUUGGAAGAGAUUAUCGAAUAAGUGGUCUGUUCGGGACAGAGAUGAUAAAUAAUAUAACAGUUACGGAUGAAAAGGUCAUGACCUUUAACAGCAAUCCGGAAGACAUCUCCAAGACCCCUGUGUACCAGACAGAUAUAGAUGGCACCACAGUUUCAGUCAGAAACACACCACUUGGAUUCCAGUUUCUUUCAGAAUUCAAUGAAACAAAGACUGACUUGGAAGGAAUUUUAUCUAUAUUCCAAGAUUACAAUGGCAAGCUUGUUGCCAUGGUUAUGGAGUCUGGUGAGUUUGUCUCGUACUUGGAUUUGAAACCGACAAUUGGAGACAAUGUUUCUUUGAAAGCAAUAACUAAAGAAUUCGGUGACGGGGUUUGUUGGUAUCUGGACAAGGAGAGCUUAACAAGGUUUUAUACUGACGUGUCUCAAUUUGAAGUUACAAUACCGUGAAAGUGUAUGUGUCUCUCUAAUGUAUUUAUCUUAAAAUUGAAUUACUUUAAAUAAAACAAACAUUAUA